GGUAUCCCUAGCGUUGAAAAGUUGCUUUCCAUAAAAAUGGCUUAAUUUAUUUUCCAAGCUAUAAAAGUAAAUAGAAACAGCUACACAUAAUGUAACCCUAUCCUGGUAUCCCCCGUGCUGAGGUAGAUUAUCAUAGCUCUCAUGACAUCCUGUGCACUUCUCGACUUUAGCCAAACUAAACAAAUAACGAAACGAAACCUGAAUAUCAAUUAGAAUAUAUACACAUAUUCUAAUAGUGCUUCACUCUUCUUAAAAGAAUAGCUUACUGUUGUGAGCUAUAAUUGCAAGGGGUUCUUCAUAUUUCUUUCGUCCGAGGAUGAAAAAUUCACUGCAGAAAAAAAUGAAUGGCACCUAAAGGAGGUAACAUAAGGGGAGCUCAUUCGAAUAACAGGGACCAAAAUGGCUGCUAGCAACGUGAUUUACAAUAUAAACCCGGAUCCAUACUAAGAAGCAAAGAGUAGAAUAUCGCUAAAUUUCGAUGGCUAUAUAAUAUAUAUUUGUUUAUUUAAUCGGUUACACGUUUCUUCGUUCAUUAUUUAGUUUUUCUUUCUAUUUCUUAUGCAUAUGUGUGCUACUCUUCCUUAUUCCUUCAUUGGAUGUACCUCAAUAAAUGGCCUCCACAGAAUGGGAAAGAAUGCUUUGUAGGGAGUGGUGUUAGUUCUUCUACUUGUGGAUUAUUUACUCAUUACGUUGCUAUAUUUAUUUAUCCUUCGCUUUAGUGUAAUUUAUUACUUAUAUUUCAUUAUUUAGAAUAUUGGUAUUGUUUAGCGAUGCUCUCGGAUCUUCGUCAAAAGAUCUUUCAGCUGCCAAGCGGUAUCAUUUUAUCGGUUGGGCUCUGUUGGGAGUUCCUUGGAGCUGCACCGGUAGAUCUCGAUCUCAGCGCAGUUUGCUUUUCACGAGAAGGGCAAUUUCUAGAUGUCGUCUUCUUCAACCAUCUCUUUCCGCAGGCCACAAAUGAAAAACAAUUAAGUGAGACAUAUAAAGUAAAUCAAAAUAACUUGCCCUAUAUGUUUCUUAGCGGGGAUAGUCGGAUCGGCGGCGAGGAGGAGAAUAGAAUGUCGGUGGACGACCUUUCUAAAAGACGCCGUAAAGGCCACUUCGGGCAUCGCACCGGCAAGCGUAAUGUUGCCCUCACAAUGGAGAAUUUAUUCAGUCGAUUAUACGCGGAAGAAGAAUUACAAAAUAUUCAAGAAGUGAUUGAUCAUUUAAACGUGCAUGGUGGGGAGGCCUUUAACGAGGACGGGCAUUUAGUUCAUUAUACCCUAAAGCAAGAGCUGCCCGAUGAGGUGCUGACGUUUGUUCUCGACAAAAUUCCAAACGAAGUUGGGGUUAUUUUUAUCACCAUUAGCAACUAUAAUGGACUGGAUAUGAGUUGUUUACAACAUGCUAGGCUUGUUAUUACGAACGAAACCACAGGAAAGCGGGUUGGCGUUAUCAAAUUAGAUAAUAGCCACAGAAAAUCAACGGCAAACCUCGCGGCAAUGUUUCUUCGUGUACCGCCUGAGUCAAAUAGCGAUACAAACAAAGAGGCAUUGCUAGAGAGGGAGAUUCUCUCCAAUUGUUGGGAUCUUCGAGAACUUAAUCUGCACACGUUCGGCUAUACCUUUGUCGAUAUGAUCCCUCUUAUGCUGGACGUCAUGAAUAUACCCCAAAACUCUCGUUUAGAUGCACUGCAGAGACACCCGAACUACGAUUUAGCAAAGAGCAAUCUAAAGCUUUCAAAUGAACCGCUUUUAAAUUUGCGUUUUGGCGUUGGCUGGGAUGGCGCGCAUGACUUAGAUGCCUUUCUCGUGAUGUUUGACGACGCCCAUAACUACGUCGACCACGUCUAUCCCAAGCAGGGAAAGCUGCAUUCCUUGGUGGCCAAUCUCGCUCGUCAUUCCGGGGAUGCGUUAAGUGGAAACGAUACCGACGGGGAUGUGGAAUUUAUCGAUUUUAAAACCUUUCUUGUGCCCUCCAACGUGCAAACCAUCCUUGUUGGAGCGAGCUAUGCUCGGAGAGAUGGGGAUAAAAAGGAUUUGAAAUCAAUUUAUGAUGUCCCGAACGCGUAUCUGCGGCUUCAAAAUCGCACAUGGUAUCAGCCGCAGUCUUUUGAAGUGGAUCGCUGGGAUCUUUAUAAAGAAUACGACAAUAAUUGUCAUCCUAAAACGAAAGAUGCCGAAACACACCCCACCCGUACGUUAUUGCUGGGAUUGCUCGUGAAAACCGGCAGUGCGGAACGUAAAACCAUGCUUCCCGAUCCCCUUAACGAGACUUCACAGGAAACAAGCCAUGAUCCUAAUGGUAAGCGCGAUAGUAUUAUGGACAAGAACACUGAUCGAAUACCCCUUUUUACCUAUAUCGCCGUUCAUCAGCUGAUUCCGGUGGCAAUGUACCAUUCGUUUGGCGAAAUCCUCCCCUUCCUGCGAUGGACCGCGUUUUUUUUAGAGGAAAGUGGACGGAUUUCGGGCAUCCUCCGGCAUCUUUCUUUACAACGCGGAGAGGAAUUCCCUCGCGACGACCCGCAACUCGUGCGGAGUGAACCGCCAUCUGAGGACAAUCCAAAUGAGCAUUCGUAUAAUCGCUUGGUUGUAUGGGAUCAUAAUAUGAUGGAUUACGUCGGCGGGAGGGCCGCACCGGGGUUGGAAGGCUGCUCACCGGGGUGGCAGCUCCUCCAGCGGGAGGGGCAAUUAACUGUGUUAUUCGCCGUGGAGGUGCAUUUUUUGGAGGUGCUUUCCCUCAUGCCGCGAAUGCCGGAUCGCUUUCGCUGCCAUGUCGAGGCCUGGGUACAUAGCGAGGGCUUAAAUUCGUUUAACGGGGUGUACAAAUCCUCAUUUCUCGGAAACCCGGAGAAUCUUUCCUGGGGCACAAACUGCGAGCCUGCGGUAUUUCUUGUUCAUAAGUACGAUUCCAUUCGAGUUUUACUCUACGAGCACGCUGCCGUUGGCCAGGGCGAUAUAGAUUUGCUACAUACACCGGGGCUUUGGGAGUCUUCAGGUCAAAAUAUUAUAGAAAUUGACCUCCCUCUUAUGAGUGGGAGCCCUCUUUUUGAAGGUAAAAUUCGUCUGUGCAUUCAGAGUGUGCCUUUUGAAUUCGCCUACACACGCAUUUUAAAACGGUGGAAACGUACCGUAAAAAGGCAAGCUUACCACCACGAAAAGAUUAAAAAACGGGAAGAUCAGAAACAAAAUCAUGAUUUGAAGUUAUGCGCAAUUAUGUAA